AUGACGUGGUCGGCAGGAGAAAGUGAGCCGUAUAGGACUUAUCCUCCGGAUACGGUUUUCUCCCGGAAGGUGUUCAUCAGCCGUUUGCUGCCUGAGACCGAGCCUGCGAAACUCGGUAGAAGUUUCCAAGCCUUCGGCCUCGUCCGAGUCGUAAAGAACGCGGGAGACCGGCACGCGUACGUCAUUCUAGAAUCGGACGCCUGCGUGAAACUUCUUUUGUGGCGAUGCUCGAGAACCGAAUCCGGCGAAUAUCUCUUCCGGAUUGCGAAUCGGAAGAUCCGAGUCAUCCCAUGGGCUCUUCGAGACAUCGAAUGGGGUCGCGAGAACACAUCGCCGAGGAUAAACACGAUUUUCGUUUGGCCACUGCAUGAGCAGACCACGGCGGAGCUCUUGAAGAUCAUCAUGGAAGAACAAUUCGGCCCUGUGCGAUUCGUCAGGAUCGACACAGACAAUUACGAGUACCCGAAUGGCUCAGGAAGAGUUCAAUUCGUAUCUCGCGAGUCUUACUGCGCGGCAAUCAAUGUCAAAAUAUUGAAGAUGUUGACCAUGGAGUAUGAAUGCGAUUUGGAGCUGGAACCAUUCUUCGAAAGCGACGUUCUUUGCAGCAGGUGCCGUAGGGCGAUCAGCUCUGCCAUAUGCAGACACUACUUGUGUCUGCAGUACUUCUGCGGACCCUGCUUCGAAAUUCAUCAGGAUGAGCAGCCCGGACUGUUGGAUCUCCACCAGCCGUGUGGACACCCUUGA